CAUUUUUUAACUCGACAAAACAAAGGCUAGGCUUUGCUGUGAGCCACUCGCAAGCUGUCUGAUUCGCACGAAGCAUUCAGAAAACGCCUGCAAUCGACGGCUAUACAAUUUCGUGGGCAAGAAACGCACCGGACAGCACCAUUCCAUGCGGUGCUCUUUGCUGCUGGCAGCGGCGCUCGUAGGAGCAACCGAGGACCCCUGCGCCUCUCCAGCCAAUGCGAUAGUAGCGGAGAACUGCAAGCAGGGCGUAUCUUCCGAUAUCUGGGAUGUUAAUGGAGCGGGCAGCCCGGGCGUCCGCGGCUUCGCGACGCAGGCGUCGGUGCUCCCCGGCGAAACUAUUGAAUUCAAGAUCAAAUUGCAAUUUGGAGAAGCUUUAAAACGAGUAGACAUCUUCCGCCUGGGCUAUUAUGGGGGAAAAGGCGCGCGGGUCAUGGGUCGGGCGACGCUCGACAGUCACGCCUCGUCGCGGACGGUCACGGCGCUGUGUAGGGAGGGCGUGGCCUACUCCUGCGCGAAGUGGCCCGUCGCCGCGUCUUGGUCUGUGGAGGGACCGUCGGGCUUGUACGUGGCGCGGUUCGUCCUCGCCGACCAAACGAAAGGAUGGCGCGCCGACGCGUCGCCAAUCGUAUCAGACAACCACCACGCCGUCGAGGGGCGCGACGCUUCCUUACCACCUGAGAAAUUGGCGCAUGCCUACGGCGCGGGCGGCAAGAACAAACCGAGCGAAGGGUGGAGACUGAAGGAGCCGCGCGCGUCGCACGCUUAUUUUGUUGUUAGAUCACCCGAGACGCACGAUUUGUUGUUCCAAACGGCAGAUCUCACGUGGCACGCCUACAACGGCUAUGGGGGAUUGACGACGUAUGGGUCGUUCCAUUACCCGUACCUGCGCGUAUCGGUGCGGAAAGCAAAUCCCACCCGCGCUGCGUGUCUGCUCGACGGCGCGGAGGCGCCACGCCAUCGACGCGACGCCGUCCCUGUUACGUGCGUCUGCUCGUAACUCGCUGGUUAAAUGCACAGGCACGAGCCCUACGGCGACGAGUUCCUCAACCUGAGCGACCCGAAGCACGUCCACAAGCGGGCGCACGCGCGGAGUUACGACACGCCGCUGAUCACGCGCGCCUACCGGUCGGUGAACGCGCCGCUCGGGCCGGAGCUCGCCGCGAUCCGAUUUCUAGAAAGGAUGGGAUACGACGUCCAUUACGCGACGGGCUUCGAUCUAUCGGGGAAGCACGCGGACAAUAUCCUGAAGCGGUCGCGGGCCUACUUAUCCGUGGGGCAUGACGUCGCGUCCUGUGUGGAAAUCAACCAGUGAGUUCUGAGAACGCCAUCGAGCAGACGCUGCUACGGAGACAGCAUCGCGGCGAUGGCGUGGGGCGCCCGAAAUUGAUUCCCACACAGGAGUACUGGACUUACGGCCAGCGCGACGCGAUCGAGCGCGCGAGACGUAGAGGCGUCCACCUCAACUUCUGGAGCGCGAACGAGGCCUACUGGGCCGUGCGCUUCGAGGGCCGGACCAUGAUCUGCUACAAGGAGACGCAAAACAUAAGAAAGAUGGAUAGGCACGACGUCUGGACCGGUACUUUUAGAGACUCGCGACCGAUCAAUCCCCGCGGUUCGAGGCCGGAGAACGCUUUAUCUGGACACAUGUUCGUGGCCAACGCCCAGCGCGUCGAUUCGUUGUUUGUCGAUGGCGAGCGCUUCGGGCGGCAUCGCGCCUGGCGCAACACGUCCGUCGCCCAAGGUCAUUCAUACCAUACGCCGAAGGGCGUGCUGGGCCACGAGUGGGACGAGGUCGUCGACAACGGCUGGUCGCCACCGAACCUUCACCGUUUAUCAUCUACGACGGUGGACAACGUCCAAUGCCUACGAGACGUGGGCGCCGUCUUCGACUCCUGCAGCGCGACGCACAACCUGGUACUGUCUCGUCAUGAAGAAUCAAAAGCUUGGACCUUCGGGAGCGGGACCGUGCAGUGGGCCUGGGCGCUCGACGACGUUCACGACGCGAACGACCCGCAGCGCCAGAACAAGUAUAGCAUCAGGGUCGAGAUGGAUACGGCGGGUGUCGUGCGUGACUUGCAACAAUUGACGGUGAAUGUCUUCCGGAUGCAGGGCGUGCUGCCUGGUUCUUUACAUGAGUCGCUCGUGCUCGUCGAUGAUAUCACUGAUAAUGAGGCGCCGACGGCGUCGCUGCUCUACGCUAAUUUGGAGGACGGCGUCCUUCGCUUGUCGGGAGCCGCGUCGGACGUCGGUGGGGUGGUGGCGUCCGUCGAGGUUUCUUGGUCGCACGGCCGGUGGCACCUCGCCGAGCUCGAUAGACUCGCGUCGGAGGUGAAGUGGUCCUUGGUCUGGGGUCACGAAGCAUGGCACGCUUUGCAUGGAGAGCUGCCGGGCGGCGACUACCCCUUCGAGCUGCGCGUUGCUGACGACUCGGGCAACGCGCGGACGGUGCGCGGGCCGGGCGAUCGCGGUGAACUCUAGUGUUAAUGUAAAUAAUGUUAACAAACUAAGUCGAGGCGACAACGCCGCGUCGAUGGCGUGGAAUCUCGACGCCAUCGCGCAGACG